UGUGGCUAGCUGUGCUCUACUCCAAAGCUUCAGGGAUUCUGGAACUGUGAGUUCAAGAGGAGAGUGAGCCAAGCUAUCCCCAGAGAUCCUUCCAGAAAGGACGUGGCAGGCCUCAUCAUGCAUUGGUUGACAAAGCUUCGGGGACUUUGCACCCUUUGGGGCACCCAGAGGUCCAGCCGCACACUCUACCUUAAUAUCAGGCAACUGACAUCCAUUCAGUGGGGCCGCCAGGAAGUGCCUGCCACAUUUAACUUUGCUACUGAUGUGGUGGAUCACUGGGCUGGCGUGGAGAAGGCUGGCAAGAGGCCCCUCCGCCCGGCCCUGUGGUGGGUGGAUGGCAGCGGUGCUGAGGUGACCUGGAACUUCCAAGACCUGAGCAAGAUCAGCCAGCAGGCAGCCAACGUGCUGUCAGGGACCUGCAGCCUGCAGCGUGGGGACCGUGUGGUGGUGGUGCUGCCCCAUGUCCCCGAGUGGUGGCUGGUGACCCUAGGCUGCAUGCGAGCAGGCCUCGUCUUCAUGCCUGGGACUAUCCAGAUGAAAUCUGCAGACAUACUCCACAGACUACAGGCAUCUGAAGCCAGGGCCAUCGUGGCUGGGGAGGAAGUGGCCCACGAAGUGGAUACCGUGGCACCUAACUGCCCUUCUCUAAGAAUUAAGCUACUGGUAUCUGAGAAAAGCCGGAGUGGAUGGCUUAACUUCAAGUCACUGCUACAAGAGGCACCCACCACUCAUCCCUCUGUGGAGACUGGAAGCCAAGAGGCAGCUGCCAUCUACUUCACCAGUGGGACCAGUGGCCUUCCCAAGAUGGUGGAACAUUCCCAUGCGAGCCUGGGCAUCAAGGCCAAGAUGGAUGCGGAAAGUUGGACAGGCCUGCGAGCCUCUGACACAAUAUGGACCAUAUCAGACACAGGCUGGAUAGUGAACGUCCUGACCUCACUUCUGGAACCCUGGGCUCUAGGAGCAUGUGUGUUUAUCCAUCCCCUGCCAAAGUUUGACCCUGUUGUUGUUCUAAAGGUGCUGUCCAGCUACCCGAUCAACAGCCUGGUGGGUGCCCCACUCAUUUACCGGAUGUUGCUACAACAGGACCUCUCGAGUUACAAGUUCCCACACCUAAAGAACUGCUUCACUGGUGGAGAGAGCCUUCUGCCAGACACCCUGGAGAGCUGGAGGGCCCAGACAGGACUGGACAUCCGAGAAUUCUACGGCCAGACAGAAACGGGCCUCACGUGCAGAGUUUCCAGCACAAUGAAAAUCAAACCUGGCUACCUGGGAACAGCCAGUCCUCCUUAUGAUGUGCAGGUUGUAGAUGAUGAAGGCAACGUUCUGCCCCCUGGCCAAGAAGGAGACAUAGGCAUCAGGGUCAACCCCAUCAAGCCCAUAGGCAUCUUCUCUGGCUAUGUGGGCAGUCCUGAUAAGACAGCAGCCAACAUUCGAGGUGAUUUCUGGAUCCUGGGAGACCGGGGAAUCAAGGAUUCAGAUGGAUAUUUCCACUUCAUGGGGCGAACAGACGAUAUCAUUAACUCCAGUGGGUACCGGAUUGGACCCUCGGAGGUGGAGAAUGUGCUGAUGGAGCACCCCGCUGUGGUGGAGACAGCUGUGAUCAGCAGCCCAGACCCUGUCCGAGGAGAGGUGGUGAAGGCAUUUGUGGUCCUGGCCCCACAGUUCCGGUCCCAUGACCAAAAGCAGCUCACCAAGGAGCUGCAGGAGCAUGUGAAGUCAGUGACAGCCCCAUACAAGUACCCCCGGAAGAUAGAGUUUGUCAUGGACCUGCCCAAAAACAUUACAGGGAAAAUUCAGCGGACGAAGCUUCGAGAAAAGGAGUGGAAGACGUCUGGGCAAGCCCGGGUCUGUUGAGACUCCCAGGAGGCUCCAUUUCAGAUUUUCUUACUCUCCCUUUUCUUUCUUCUUUUCCUUUCGGUCCUCAGGCUUCCUGUGAGGACACAAAAUUCUUCAUGCAAGGGCAUGUGUGUGAUUUUUGUUUUCCUUUGUUUAUUAGCACAAAACAUUGCCCUAAUAGAUGCUGAAAGAAGAAAGAGAUGGAGGAAAUGAAAUGGAGAAGAGAUAAGAGUAACAGAAAAAGGAAAGGAAAAUAAGUCAGAGAAUGAACCAGUAAGGAAAAGCAGUUGAAAAGCAUAUAAAGUAGGGAGGGAGGGAGGAAGGAAGAAAGGAAGAAAGGAAAGGUGGAGUGAAAAGGAGAAAAUAUAGACAAGAAAGAAUUGGAAGAAGGAUUGGCAAAAGAAAGAGAUACAGAUAGACAAAGUGAGAGAGAGCCAAGCAUACAACUGGAGGUUAGGAAAGAAAUGAGAGACCAUGGCACCCUGUUUCGCCUGGGACAGGACUUCCAAACAGAGCGGCUUGUGAAAAGGUUGACAUUAGCGUCAUCUCCAAGUCAUCCAAACCUUGGGGUUUUCUACAUCAGAGGAAGGGAGCCACCACUGAUGGAGCAUUUGCCAUGUACCUGGCACUGUCCCAGAUCUCAUGUGGCUAAGACCUUGUUCCACCAGUGGGCAGCGUCUGCAGAUCUAUAGACCUCAUUCAGAACCAUGAAGACAAUGGAGGCACCUCCAAAGGUGUCAGUUUCCUGGGGCUCAUGUUUUUGGUGUUAUCUACUCCUUCUAAAAUCAAGUAAUAAAAUCAGUUUAUAAUCCAGACUACAAAGCUGGUCUUUGGGGAAAACAGACAAGGAGGAUAAGGUGAGUGGAUGCCUCCAACAGCUUGUGGGUUGGGGAGCUCACAGAAACAGCCUGGGCAGGUGGUGCUGGCAAGGAAUAAACAGGCUCAGUUCCUGGUGCUUCUGGGACACCAGAUCCAAGGACACGGGGGCAGAUACAGAUCCCGGAGGCUUCACCUGCAACCCAGAGAUAAGAUGAAGGGUGAAGCUUCCUAGAAGACUUAAGUGAGCAAAAGAAGGGAAACAUUGUCUGAGUGCCUAGGACUCUUCUUCUUAAGAAUACUUAGUAAACAACAACAGUAAUAAUAACACAAUCACUCACACUUCCCAAGGGUCAGGUUCUGCAUUCUUUUGUUGUCUUCAAUAAUAAAAUACCUGAGGCUGGGUGCUUUAUAAAGGAAAGAGGUUUGUUAAACUCAGUUUUGGAAGCUGAACAUCCCAAAGAUUGGGUGAUUGUAUCUCUUGGCCUCUGGAGAAGGUCUCCUUGACUGCAUCACAAUAAUGGAGGGAGAGAAGGAGAAACAGCCAGGGGCCAAGUCGGGGGGUGGCCUUGCUUUCUAACAACCCACUGUCCAGAGAACUCACUCGUUCCACAAGACCAGCGAUGCCUUCCGAGGAUGAUGCUGUCAAUCCUCCCACCAAGCCCUAACUUAAGGGUUCCACAUCGCCACACUGGGACUACACUUCCAGCACAUGAACCUUUGGGGUACAGACCGCAGCCAGACUUAACAUUCUGCCCUAGGCCCCUCAGGCUCAUAUUUGUCUCACAAUGCAAAAUAUAAUCAUUCCAUCCUCAAUAGUCCCCAAAUUUGAACACAUCGAAGAGCCCAAAUCAAAACUCUGAUCUGAAAUUCAAGACAAACAUUUCCAUGCUCUGCGCUGCAAAAUCAAAGACAAAUUAUGAACUUGCAAGGUACAAUGGCAGGGAAGGAGUGGUAUAAACUUCCCAUCCUGAAAGAAACAGAGAAUUGGAAAGAAGUAACUGGUCCACAGCAAGACCAAAACCCAACAGGACAAACUUGAAUCUUAGAGCUAAAGUCUGGCAUUUGUGUACCCCGUGGGGAAGAAUGAUCCCCCAAGGCCUUGGGCUGCCCAGCCAUGAGGCUGUUCUCAUGAGUUCUGGAGGAUGUCUGUGGUUUUCCCAGGCUGACGUAGCAUGCUGCUCAUCACUCUACCUUGCUAGAAUCUUGGCUGCAACUCCAUUCCCAUGGCUCCACUCUCAGAGCUCCACCAGGCAUCUGGAGAGACUCUGCAGUAACAGCGUUGUUGAAAAUUUCUGCCUGGAUUUCCUUCGAAAUAUCAGUGGGAAAUGGUCAUGACUCCCACAGCUUUUGUAUUCUAUGUGCUUACAGAGCUAGCACCUCACAGACACCGUCAAGUUCUGCUACUGCCACGACUCUGCCUUGAUCUACCUGCACCAUGCCUGAGGCAGCUUCAUGAGCACUUGGCUAGGAAAUAGAAGAGUUCAGACUGGAGAAAUAUCUUUUCUACUAAUAGUAUAUUCAGUAACAGAAGGGUGAAAAUGUUUUCUAAUGUCUGGGAGAAGACUCAGACUACAAACUGUACAGAGAAGUAAUGAUUGACAAGCUCUGAUGACCCAGCAUAGUAUGAAUUCUCUGGUCAUUCAUUAGCUCUAGAGGAUCCCUAGACUCAAACCAGGAAUGUGCCCUUGUGUAUGUGUUGAUAAUGCGAAUUCUCCGACUUCCUGUUAUCUGAAGGUAAAGCAGGGGACUUAAUCUGCUCCAUUUACAAUUCAGCUCCCUGCUAAUGUGCCUAGGAAAGCAACAGCAGAUGGCCUAAGUGCUAGAGCCCCUGCCACCCACAUGGGAAAUCUAGAUGGAGUUCCAGGCUCCUGGCUUUGACCUGGCCGAGCCCUGGUCCAUUGCAGCCAACUGGAAAGUGAAUCAGCAGAUGGAAGAUCUCUCUCCAUUUCUCCUUCCCUCUGUCUGUAACUCUGCCUUUCAAAUAAAAGAAGAAAAGGACUAGAAGAGGAGGUGGUCACAGUACCACAUGGCAGUUUAACUUAUCUAGAGAAUGGCAGGUCAUUGAAGUGUUUAAAGGAAAGUGAUGAACUCAGUCAGCUAUGCAUUUUUAAGUGAUGAUCCUGAAAGCUGAAUGGUGAAUGUUAUUAAAGGGGAAGUUAAGAAGAAUCCUUUCUUCUUAGGAUUUGUUGAGUUCAUGCCUAAAUAAGG